AUGUCAUCCAAACCCAGUGUCCUGUUCGUCUGCAUCCACAACGCAGGCCGUUCCCAGAUGGCCGCAGGCUACCUCACCUCCCUCGCCGGUGCCACGAUCGAAGUACGUUCUGCUGGAUCAGCCCCAGCUGCCUCUGUCAACCCCGCAGUAAUCGAGGCCAUGCGCGAGGACGGCAUAGACUUGGCCACCCAGCAACCGAAGAUCCUCACCGAAGAUGCAGUCCGUCUCAGCGAUGUCGUUAUCACCAUGGGCUGCGGCGAUGUCUGUCCUGUUUUCCCGGGGAAGAGGUACCUUGACUGGGAACUGGAGGAUCCGGCUGGGCAGGGAGUGGAUUCGAUACGCCCGAUCCGGGACGAAAUCCGCCGUCGUGUGGAGGGGCUUAUUGCUGAGUUGCAGGGGACUGCUUGA